UUAAGGAAGUUGGCCGCUCCUCUGGUGACUCGCUCGCGUGAGUUGUGCGAGUCAGAACUCAGAUCUCUCCUGUUGCCAUCCUCUGCUCAGUCUCCAUGGAGGACCAGGGACCCAAGCCCAUCCGUUGCAAAGCAGCGGUGUGUAGAGCCGCUGGCGAGCCGCUCGUCAUCGAGGAGAUCGUCGUGGAUCCACCGAAAGCGUACGAGAUCCGCAUCAAGAUCACCUGCACCUCCCUCUGCCACACGGACAUCACCUUCUGGCGUGCCAAGAUAGCUCCAGUAUUUCCAAGAAUCUUAGGCCACGAGGCCUACGGUGUGGUGGAGAGCGUUGGGGAGGACGUGGAGGGCUUCGCCACGGGCGACGCGGUGGUGCCGACGUUCCUGGGCCAGUGCGCCCACUGCCCCAGCUGCGCGUCGGAGGAGAACAACGUGUGCACCGCGGUGCCGUUCGUCAUCGGCCCCGGGAUGCGGCGCGACGGCACCACCCGAUUCAGGGACGGCCAGGGGAACCCGCUGAACGACUUCCUUGCCGUGUCCAGCUUCAGCGAGUACACCGUCGUGGACGUGAACCAGGUCGCCAAGCUCGACCCCGCCGUGCCCCCCAAGCUCGCCUGCCUCCUCAGCUGCGGCGCCGGCACCGGGGUAGGAGCUGCAUGGAGGUUGGCGAAGGUGGAACCUGGUUCGUCAGUGGCUAUCUUUGGGCUGGGAUCCGUCGGAUUGGCGGUGGCACAAGGUGCAAAAAUGUGUGGAGCAUCAAAGAUUAUUGGUGUUGAUCUGAACCCUGACAAAGAGGAAAUUGGGAUAACGUUCGGUGUGACGGAUUUUGUUAAUCCAUCACAACUGGGCAAGAAUUCAGUCAGUGAGGUGAUCGGCGAGAUGACAGGCGGCGGCGCCGACUACAGCUUCGAGUGCAUCGGCGUGUCGUCGGUGAUGACCGAUGCCUUCAGAAGCACCAAGCCGGGGAAGGGCAAGACGAUCAUCCUGGGCUUGGAGAGGGAUAGCGAGCCCGUCUGCCUGCCAUCCAUCGAGCUCCUCUACGGCAAGUGUGUGAUGGGAUCGCUCUUCGGGGGAAUCAAGCCCAAGACUGACAUCCCAAUCCUCGCGGGGAAAUGCAUGAACAAGGAGCUGGAGUUGGACGGGUUGGUAACACAUGAGGUAGGCCUGCAGGACAUAAACAAGGCCUUCGAGCUGCUCCUGCAGGGGAAGAGCCUGAGGUGCAUCAUAUGGAUGAACAAGUGACGGAUAAAACGGUGGCCAAAUCCGUGGUCCUGAAUAAAACGUUGGAGCAGCUGAAUAAAUUUGCCGUGUCUUAGUUUGCGUCUGCUGCUGAAAACGGGUGCUAGACUGAUAGUAGUGAACAGCAUCAAUGUUGCCGAAAACACAAUGUCAUCACAAUCUUUUUUCCGAAAGAGACAAUGUCAUCAGUAUCAUUGUCUGAAUUGAUGGUGUAAACUUAUCUAGAUCCAA